AUUUUUGACACCUGAUCCAAGGCCUGAAGGUGUCUUGUCCGACUGAGUACAUUAUUCAUACAACUUCAACAUCACAACCAUCAACUUCAUUAUACUUCAACUCCUCACAACAAAAAUGCCUCCUCGAAUCCCCACUGAAGAUGACUUCUCCCCUCUAUCAAGCACCCUCCCUCACACUCUUCACUUCCCCUCACCACCAGAAUCAACCACCACAUUCCUCAUUCUCUUCCACGGUCUAGGUGACCACGAUGUUCCCUUCGCCUCCUUCGCCAAGAACCUCAAUCUUCCCGGCGUUCUCGCCAUUUCUGUACGCGGCACAUCUGUUCUACCAGCUGCGCUUCUCGGUGGUGAUAGACCGGGGUAUCAUUGGGGUGACGAUCUCACUGUUGAUCCCAGCACGGGAGACAUUGCGGAUGAUUCUGGUUUCGAGAAGGCUAGGAGAUUGAUCAUGGAGAAGUUGAUCGGGGAGCUUCUUAUUGAGAAAUGCGGGUGGGAGAUGAGAGAUAUUAUUUUCUUUGGGUUUGGGCAGGGUGGUUCACUCGCUCUUGGUCUUGCAGCCUCUUUGAACAAGACUCCUCGGGUCACUGAUGUUUCCGAGGGCGAGAGCACAUCGCCAGGUAACAAGAGGUUCAAGGGUGCUAUAUCUCUCGGCGGACCUUUACCGCAAUCUAUGGUGUCUACAGUCACAAAUCGCAGCAGGAGCAGCACAAGCGUACUGGUAUGCCAACUUGACGAAGACGCUGUCGAUGCUGUGAAGCGAGAGUUUGACGAUGUCAAGGUCGUGCAGUGGAAGAGACGUGAGGUGAGCAUGCCAAUGAACAGAGAUGAGGUGUUGCCUUUGAUGCAGUUCUUUGCGGAUAAGCUCAAGAAUGAAUGGUAGUUCAUUUCACGGGGCGUUUAAAAGAAUAGGUUGUUCACACGGGGUAUCAUUAUAUUCAUAUCCAAUCUCAACAUUGUGGCUUAAGCGUAACCUGGCCUUUCGUCUCGACAGCCUGUUUGGAACAUCUCUGCUAGGAUAUCCCACUUUGCAGACUGCGCAUCACUUGUAGCUCUGGCAACACUGCGUAGGCCACCACAAACAAAC